AUGACCCAGCAGAUCAGCCACAAGAAGUCGUUGCGUUUCAGCCGGCUCAACCGAGACCGGAGACAGCUGUUGAAGGAGUACUACAAGCUGGAGCAACCGGGAAGCGCCGAGGGUAAAGAGCAACCACAGGAGGAGCAGAGACCGACUGUGAACGCGGAAGCGGCACAAGAACACGUCGAGGAUGCCGCAGCAGACGACAGACCGAUUGCCGAGUGCGAUUUUGCGGAGCUUGUUCGGCUACACAACAAACUGCUCAAGAAAGAGGCAGAGAUGAACAACUCGAUCAAGAGCACGAUCUAUGAGAACUACUACGAUCUCGUCAAGGUCAACGAGCUGCUGAAGGAGAUCUCCAGCGCCAACGAGCCGCUGCUGGACCGCCUUAAGGAGACGAUAGAGCUGCUUCGAGGGUGA